AUGUCCGGCGCAGCACAAGGAGACGCCAACACCACAAAGGCCAUCGUUUCAGACCGCAAGGACGACUCGCAACCGCUGGCUGCCCAGAAGCAAGUCGCCCAACUCGAGGAGGAUGACGAGUUCNGAGGACUUUCCUACUGGCCCGCAGAGGAAGAACUCGGCGCAUCGGGAGCCGGCGCAGGAACCACACAUCUGUGGGAGGAGAGCUGGGAUGAUGAUGACACAAGCGACGAGUUCUCGGUCCAGCUUCAAAACGAGCUCAAGAAGAUGGAGAAGCGUUGA